UGAUCCAUCAUCCGCCCUCCCCCCCACACCAUUGUCCUUCUGCCCAUCCACAGAUCCUCUAGGAUGAUUCCGCUGACCACGGGGCUAUGUUUAUAUGAUACAUCCACUUGAGCCUCGGUGUUUUUCUAAACCUCUCUUACUCUGCCCCCGUUUUAUUUUUUUGGCCCAUUCUUCUCGCUUCGGUGUCCGCUGCGUCCGGACUCAUUCACGGUGCUUUCUCUUCCCCACGUCACGUCUCGUGCAUGUGUGUAUUAGUGACCCUUGGAUCAAAUCAACUCAUCUACUCCGUAUGAUCUGGUCCUGUCGACCAUACUGUCAUACCCCAUUCUUUCGGGUCCCUCCUCAUCCGCCUCUUGGCCAUCAUCGCUACCACGCUUACUCCUGGCAACCUCUUCUACAUUCCCUCGUCCUGGACUUGGACGAUGGCAACGAUAGUCUCACACGAAUGGCCCGACAGCGGCGCUCUCUCAUCAUGCGUUAACCCCCAAGACGCUCAAAUACUCCAGAACCUCGCCAUAAAAUAUGGCGUGAAUACCCUAAUUCAAACUCUACAAAGUCUGGAAGAGUCGGCCCGAUACUCUACCCUCUCGGUAUCCUCAACAUCGAGCCAUCCCUCCGUAACCUCAGCAGUAUGGAACCGAUCCGAUGACUCCCUCUGCGCUUCCGACGCCACCUCAUUCCACGGAAGCAUGCACUCGGUAGCUUCCUGGCAUGAUACCGUCGCCGCCGGUGGCGUCCCGGCCUUCCUGUCGACUCCUCCCCUCUCCGAAACAACCUCACCCUCCGGCACCGUUGCCCUCGCCGAUUGGGCCGAACCGCUUACUGCCUCGAGCGCCUCCCCUUUGCUCGGCCCCUAUCUGGAACCGAGCCGCAAACCGCGUUCUCUUCUGGCUGCCCCGACAAGCAGCCCCCGCGUGGCCUUCCCGCCCUCUCCUCGGCCGUCUUCCUCGCCCCACUGCGGGCAAGCAACGCCAAUAACCACUACCACGACUUCUACUGCUGCGCGAAAACCGAUCGAAUGCCCCCUUUGCGCCGUCUACGACAUCGCCGUAGGCUUCCGCCGCAAAAGCGACUUCAAGAAACACCUCCAAAAUUUCCACCCGACCGAUUCCCUCUGGGCCUGCCCCCAACCAGGCUGCCGCACCGUCUUCGACGUGGAGCGCGCCUACGUCCACCACAUCCGGACCGAACACCCCUGCGCCGACCGGGACCGCGACCACAACCCCGCACUACCGCUCUCGGUCUCCCCCGACGCCGCCCGCCAGCAGCUCUGCCCACAGCUCGUCUUCGCCUGCGGCUUCCUAGGCUGCAAGGCCGUCCUCGAAGCCCGCGACGCAUCCGACAGCGCCGCCGUGGCAGACCGCUACUUCGACCACGUGGCCGCCCACCUGGUCACCAAACCAGCCCUCGCGCGCCCGCCGUCGGAGUGGACCUACUACACGCAGAUGCAGAACCUCCUCCGCCAGGCCGCCCUGAAGGAAGACUGGAAGGCCGCCAGCUGGAACAAGACCGUCCGGACGCACUUGCGCUGGCAGCCGCGGUCGAGCGGCGACCUGAAGAAGCUCCUCGAGACGCGCCACCUCGGCGACGUGCCCCGCCUGCUGCACGCCGCGUUCACGCUGGGGUCGUCGUCCUUCGCGGACCCGGCGCACCCGCCGCCGCCGUCGUUCCCGGGGGCGUCGUCGCGGCCCGUGCGGGGGAGGUGUCCCCUGAGCACCGCCGGGGAGGGGGUCUGCGCCGUGUCGUCUCCGUCUGCCGUCGCACUGGCUACCUCCGCGAACGCGACAAUGACAAUGACAUCGACAUCGACAUCGACAUCGACAGCGACAGCGACAGCGACAACGACAGCGACAACACCUACCGGCGGGCUUGGCCUGAGGCGAGGCCUGCAGAUGACGCCGCUGCGGAUCGUGACAUCCGGCGCUGCUGCUGCCGGUCACGGUGUCGGGGGCGGAUGCCUGUCGGCGCCGUUCCUAAGCCGGAUCCAGCCCCCACCGCGAUCGGUUCCCGAGGAGCCGGAUAGCGUGGACGGCCAUCCUCACCCCGGCACGCCAUUUGUCGUACCCGAGACGGAGAGCUGGGCGGAUGAUGAGGAUUCGCUGUUCGGCCCACCCCUGGAUGCCGGUCUUUUUGGUCCUGCUGCCCACCCGGUGGCGGCGUCCCUGAAGGGCGGUUACGGGCUGCUGCAGCCGCCGCCGAGCGGUGUGGUGUCGUCUGAGGUGUGGGCGGGCGCUGAGAUGGUUCGGGGGCAGGCGCAUGAGGAGGGUGCGUCUGCGUCACCGCGGACGCCUAAUAAGAGGGGACUCUCGUGGGGACGACGUAGUUGGGAGGGUUCUCGGUUCAUGAAGAGGAGGGGGGCUCAUUUUUCUGAGGCUAGGACAGAGUCGUCGUGAGUCGAGACGUCUGGGUCAGGGGCCUGCCGCCUGUGUGGUGUUAGACUCAAGACUCGUAGUGUUGUUACCAUGAUACCCCCAUACGCCGAGCUGGAGAGUUCACUGGCUUUAGCAGGAUAUUUUCAUUGACUUUUAGCAUUAGCCUUUAUAUCUUUGUGCGAACUAGAUCAACUGGGUUAUAUAUAGGAAGAUGGAAAGAAACGGACUCGGAAAAGGGAAAGGGAAAGGGAAAGGGGGAAAGGGGGAAAGGGGGAA